CUGUAAAAAUAGGACAUGACCAAAACUGAACCAGAACAAGGAAGAGACAGAGCGACAGAAAGAGACGUCUGCGAUCAAACAGAAGAAAUAUGGAUUUAAAGAGUGUUUUCUUCCUGUUGUGUUUCUCUCUGCUUCAGUCCAGAGUCUUUUCAGGAGACAGUGUAGAGGUCAUCAAAAUCUAUCAGUACAACAGAACUGGAGAAGACGUCACUCUGCUCUGUGACAGAGUAAAACAUUAUGGGCCAAAUUGUUCCACAGUGAAAUGGAGUCACUACAAGAUAUAUACAGAUACAGAUCUGGUUUGGAAUGGUCAGAUUCAGAACAGUUCCAGAUCCACCAGACUGACUCUGAAUCCAGACUGUUCUCUCUCUAUUAAGAACAUCACUGAAGGAGACUACGGGGAAUACUUCUGUAGAACACUGAACAAUCAAUAUAAAUAUGAAUCAGUCACAUAUAUCUACCUGAGUGUUCUCUCUGUUUCCGUAGCUCAACCCAACCUCGACCAAACCCCAACUGGACACAUCACCUUACAGUGCAAACUGUGGAAAUACCUUUCACUUCCUUCUUGUAGUCAGAACAGUUUUCUCUGGUUGGACAUAAACGGCGUGGUCCUGUCUGGAGAUGGUGUAACUCAGAAGAACUGUGAGUCUAAUCUGACAGUGGAGCUCCAGUGUCCACAGAUCAGGACCUUCACCUGUCAGUACCAGGAGAACGACAGGGUCCAGGUGUCUGAAGAGUACAGCCUGUGGGGGGACACAGAUCCCUCUUUGUCACUCUACAUCAUCUCUGCAGCCGUGGGUGGAGGGCUGGUGCUCCUGGCUGUAGCUCUGGGGCUGUUUUUCAAAAUAAAAUCCAAAAAGAAAACUACACAAAGUAUUGAAGAAACAGAAGGUGCCUCACCUGCCGCUGAUGCUACGAAUGAUCCAGAAAACGGAAUGACUUAUGCAAUGAUCGAGCACCACACACCCAGAGCUAAAAUACAGGUUAAAGAAAUUGAUGACGUAACUUACUCUGAAGUGAAGCGACAGAACACAGCAAAGUCUGAGCAGAGCGACAUCUACAGCCAAGUGAAAAAGAAACCACAAGACUGAACACAAGGAUCUGCUGCUUUUACUUUUGGGUCAAGAUUUAUCAUUUGCUUAAUUGUCAUUUGAAACGCCACAAAAUGUGCAGUGCAUCAUAUGAUAGUGUUACAAUAAUAAAAACAACACAUCAAACUUUACUCUUCAUAGUUUAGAUUAAGAAAAGAAAGCAGUGCAUCUUUAAAUAAGUCUAAAUGUACAGGACUAGUCAGACAAAUGAUACAAAACACAAGU